UCCCGGCACGCACAGAUCCGCCAUGACCCUCCGCGUUCUCGUCGCCGCCCUCGUGUCCGUUCUUGUUUCCGUGGCUAGUGCCAUGCCCCAGCCGGAGGCCGAGCCAAGCUUCCGCUACGGCUUUGGCCACGGCGGCUUCGGCGGCGGCUUUGUUGGCGGCUUUGGCGGCUACGGAGGAUACCGCGGCAAGAGGAGCGCCGAGGCUGAUCCUGAGCCAGGCUUCCGCGGCGGAUUUGGCCACGGCGGUUUCGGUGGCGGCUUCGGCGGCUUUGGCGGCUACGGAGGAUAUCGCGGUAAGAGAAGCGCAGGAGCUGAUCCUGAGCCAGGCUUCCGCGGCGGCUUUGGCCAUGGCGGUUUUGGCGGCGGCUUCGCAGCCUUUGGCGGCUACAGAGGAUAUCGUGGCAAGAGGAGAGCUGCUCCUGAGCCUGGAUUCCACGGCGGCUUUGGUGGCUUCCUUGGAGGCUUCGGUGGUUUCGGAAGAGGGUUUGGUUACGGAAAGUAAAGGGAACUGCUACGCGUCGGUCGAUGCCGACCUGUAGAUAUUAGGAAAAGAAUAAACUAUGCACAUA